AUGCUCAUCACGGGAAUCGCCCACGUAAAUCUUACCGUGCUACCUGGCACUCUUCCUUUGGCAAAGAGGUUUUAUGAUGAGGUAUUGGGAUUUACGUCGGUUCCGGUGCCGGUCUUGCAGAAGGAUCAUCUUGCUUGGUUCGACAUAACACCCCAAGGCCAACAAAUCCACAUCUCCGACUCCGCAUCUCCCUCCGAACCCAAAUCUUCUCGUCAUCCCUGUUUCAGGGUAGCGAGUCCAGAGGCUUUGAUAGAGUUACAGAGGAGAAUCUGGAGUUUUUUUGAGAGUGAGGAGGCGGGAGAUGCGAGACCUAGGGAGGCGGAUAGGCCGGGUGACGUGGAUAGUGGUUAG